UGUGUGCGUGACAGAGAGAGAGAGAGAGAGAGAGAGAGAGAGAGACUGAAUAGGCAGGCUUCUUGAAUACCUGUGAGUGAGCACAGCCCCUGAGCGUAAAUGAGGUCGCUUCCUGAACUGAGACUCGUUAAAAAAAAAAAAACAAAAAAAAAAACGAAAGUCAAAGAGGGAAACAAGUGCACAUGGUGAAUGUGACUGACGGAGAGCAGCGCAGAGACGUCUCAGCAGCAUGAGCCAGUGGAAGCAGAUUCAGCAGCUGGAGAUCAGACUCCUCGAACAUGUGGACUACCUGUAUGAUGAUAAUUUCCCCAUGGACAUCCGACAGGGUCUGGCCAGCUGGAUCGAGUCUCAGGACUGGGACACAGCAGCUAACGACGAAUCAAUGGCGGCGGUGCUGUUCACCAACCUGCUGUCCCAGUUGGAGAGGGUGCGCUCACAGGAGCAGAACUUCUUACAAAGGCACAACAUGAAAAUAAUACAACAACAGCUUCAGGUGAAAUACUCUACCAACCCUGCUGUCAUGGCAAGAGUUAUCUCCACCUGCCUCAGGGAAGAGCGUCGUAUCCUCUCCAGCGCUUGCACGCAGGAACAGGGUCCACUGGAGAAAUCAUUGCAGAAUUCUGUGGCCUUUGAGAGGCAGAAGAACAUGGACAACAGAGUCGGUAUCAUCAGGGGCAGCGUGCAGUUGAUGGACCAGGCUGUGAAAUACAUUGAGGACAUGCAGGACGACUUUGAUUUUCGUUACAAGACCCUACAGUCUCGUGAAUCAGCAGAUAGGAACUCUGACAUGAUGAAACAGGAAGUAACAAGACUACAGGAAAUGCUUAACAGACUCGACUUUAAAAGGAAGGAGAUCCUGUCAAAGAUGGAUGUUGUGAUUAAGGAGAUUGAUGACCUGAUGACUUCUCAGCUCAACCCUGAGCUGCAGGACUGGAAGCGCAGGCAGCAGAUCGCCGCCAUCGGCGGUCCACUGCUCACUGGCCUGGACCAGCUGCAGAGCUGGUUUACUCUGACAGCACAAAGUCUCUUCCAGAUCAAGCGUCAGCUGGACAAACUGGGGGAGCUGGUUGUGAAGGUCACCUAUGAGAGUGACCCGAUCCCGCUGCAAAAACCUCAGAUGGAGGAGCGAGUUAAAUACCUUAUCUAUCACCUCAUCAAGAGCUCAUUUGUUGUGGAGAAGCAGCCAUGCAUGCCCACACAUCCACAGAAGCCCCUCAUCAUCAAGACUGGAGUUCAAUUCACCACCAAAGUCAGACUCCUGGUUAAACUCCCAGAAGUGGAUUAUCAGCUGAAAGUGAAAACAACAUUUGACAAGGACCUCCCCCCCGGCAGAGUAAGUCGUCAGUUUUUCAUCCUGACCAACAACACUAAAGUUAUGGAUAUUGAGGACUACUCCAAUGGCUGCCUCUCGGUGGAGUUCAGACACCUGCAGUUGAAAGAGAAGAAAUAUAUCAAUGGCACAAAGGGAAAUGAGGGUCUGCUCUCUGUGACAGAGGAACUUCACUCUCUCAGUUUUGAGGCUUGCUUCACGGUGCAGGGCCUCACCAUCGACCUGGAGACGUGUUCUCUGCCACUGGUGGUCAUUUCCAACGUGAGCCAGCUGCCUGGAGGCUGGGCCUCCGUCAUGUGGUAUAACCUUCUGACGGAUGAGCCAAGGAACUUGUCAUUCUUUGGAAACCCACCUCGGGCCAGCUGGAGCCAGCUCUCUGAGGUCCUUAGCUGGCAGUUCUCCACCUUUGCCGGUCGGGGCCUCAACAAGGAGCAGCUCACCAUGUUGGGAGAAAAGCUUCUUGGCCAGCAUGCCUCCUGUAGUGACUAUCAAGUGUCCUGGUCUAAGUUCUCUAAGGAGAAUAUUCCAGGAAAGCCCUUCAGUUUCUGGAUGUGGCUAGACUCCAUCCUGGAACUCAUCAAGAAACACUUGCUGCCAGUUUGGAAUGAGAACUACAUCAUGGGUUUUGUCAGUAAAGAGACGGAGCGCACUCUGCUGAAGGACAGAGAGCCGGGCACCUUCCUCUUACGCUUCAGUGAGAGCCACCUUGGAGGAAUCACUUUUACCUGGGUGGAGCAUAGCGACAAUGGAGAUGUGAAAUUCAACUCUGUGGAGCCCUACACUAAAAACCGGCUUAGUGCUCUCCCAUUUGCCGACAUCAUACGAGACUACAAAGUGAUCUCAGAUGGGGUUGUCCCGGAGAACCCGCUCAAGUUCCUCUACCCCGACAUCCCCAAAGACGAGGCCUUCGGUCGGCUUUACAAUAGUCAACCCAGCAAAGUCCAUCCAUACAUACCAUCUACCCUGAUCCCCAUCUCAGAAUUGCGCCCUAAUUCAAGCGCCACGCCACCUUCUUGCCAGUCUCCUGAGCCCCCAAUGACUCCUGGGGAGUUUGACAUGCUCAGUGAGCAGCUAUGCUUCGACAUUGACACGAUGAGUUCUCCAUAUUCGGAGUAAAACAAGAUGAAGUGUGCUGAAACGUUCUUUGAAUCCUUCCUCACAAAGUUUUCCCAUUGAUCUGAUGCCAGUCUCCAACCAAUGUCUACAUCUUGAUUAUGAUGAAACAGCCUGCUGAGUUUUAAGGUUUUUGUGGUAAAACUGGAUUCAUUACUUUAGCUGUUGUUAGCUGCUUUUAACAUUCCUAACUUCUUAAAAGAAAUUUUGAUGUGGUUCUGUAGAUCUAUGACAACUUCAUUUUGACUUAAUUAUAUUUUAACUGUUGAAUGAGUUUCUAUGAAGUCUAUAUUGUAUAUAAAACAAUUUAAACAUGUGCAGUGUACCAUAUUGACAUUAGCUUGCUAUUUUAUUUCUGCAUCACUGGCACUACUGUCUCUUUUUGUAACUGUUAGUCGCAACAGUUGAAGUUGAAUGUUUGUUACAAUGUUUUGACUCGACCUGCGUUGCAUACAUACACACUCAUUCACAUAUUCAUUGAUGGUUAGUUCACCUGCCACCUAUCGACCAUGAGGAGGCAUGACACGGUCUACUGAUAACUUUGCAAUUUGCAGAGCUUUUAUUUUUGGAAGCAGCCGGAAGUAAAAAAAAAUGCCUACAACGCACUACUUCUUGCUUGAUACAAAUUUUGUCGAGAAUCACAUGAUUACCGGAGAAUGAGGUGGGACGAUGAUUAAACAAUGGUUGGCGCAAUCACCCAGAAUGAUGAAACAUUUUUUUUCCCUGCAAAUAACGAUCAAGCAUUCUUGCUUGUGUGACAGUUGUCAAAAAUAAAUAAAUUAAUUACAGGUUCACUCACA